CCUGCCUCCGUCAAGAUGGCCGCCAGGACCGCUCGCCGCUCGCGCGCGCUGGAGAGGUGGGCCCGUCUGGUGCGCUCCUUGUCGCGCGGCGAUGACGUGCUCCGGCGGGCCAGCGGAGGCUUCCCUCAGCAGCAGCAGCCUCCGCCGCGCGGAGCGGAGUUUGUGGCUGCCGCUCGCGUGAAGAUGGCGGGCGUCGCCGAUGCCGCCUCCGCCGGGAGCGGGGAAGGCGGGCGGCGGGGGGGCGGCGGCGGCCCCCCGGAGCUCUCCCUGCUCCAGCCGGGCUCCGGGCAGCAGCAGCAGCGGCGGAGCAGCUUCACGGGCGGCGAGUGCCGCUCCCCUCAGCCCUCCCCGGCUCGGUCCGCGCCGCCCGCCUCCAGCCCGCCGUCGCCCGGCCCCGGGCAGCAGCAGCAGCAGCGCGCCGCCGAGACGCUCGGCUUCUACGAGAGCGACCACCGCCGGCAGCAGAAGCGCGGCGGGGCCUCAGAUCUUUCACUAUUGAGGUUCAUCAAUGCAGAGCUUACAAGGGGUUACUUCCUGGAGCAUAAUGAAGCGAAGUACACAGAAAGGAGGGAACGAGUGUACACGUGCAUGCGAAUACCAAGAGAGCUGGAAAAGUUGAUGAUUUUUGGGAUUUUUUUGUGCCUGGAUGCUUUUCUCUAUGUGUUCACACUCCUCCCAUUGAGAGUUUUUCUGGCAAUGUUCAGGUUCAUCACAUUACCUUGUUAUGGCUUGCGCUCUCACCGAGGCCUAAGGAUGAGUGAUAGACGCUUGCUGCAGCCCGCUCAGGUGUGUGAUAUUUUCAAAGGAGUUAUAUUGCUAAUCUGCUACUUCAUGAUGCACUAUGUUGACUAUUCCAUGAUGUACCACCUGAUCAGAGGACAGUCUGUCAUUAAACUCUACAUCAUCUAUAAUAUGCUUGAGGUAGCUGAUCGUUUGUUUUCAUCUUUUGGUCAAGAUAUUUUGGAUGCUCUUUACUGGACAGCUACAGAACCAAAGGAGAGAAAAAGGGCACACAUAGGUGUGAUCCCCCAUUUUUUCAUGGCGGUGCUGUACGUCUUCUUGCAUGCUAUCCUGAUAAUGGUCCAGGCAACGACACUCAAUGUAGCCUUCAACUCGCACAACAAGUCACUUCUUACUAUCAUGAUGUCUAACAAUUUUGUUGAAAUUAAAGGAAGCGUUUUCAAGAAGUUUGAAAAGAAUAAUCUGUUUCAGAUGUCAAACAGUGAUAUAAAGGAGAGAUUCACCAACUAUGUGCUGUUACUGAUAGUUUGUCUAAGAAACAUGGAACAGUUUUCAUGGAAUCCAGAUCAUCUCUGGGUAUUGUUUCCAGAUGUUUGUAUGGUGAUUGCAUCAGAAAUUGCAGUAGAUAUUGUAAAACAUGCUUUUAUAACAAAAUUCAAUGACAUCACAGCUGAUGUCUACAGUGAAUACAGAGCCAGUCUUGCAUUUGACCUUGUUAGCAGUCGACAGAAAAAUGCAUACACAGAUUACAGUGACUCCGUUUCCAGGAGAAUGGGCUUUAUUCCUCUCCCAUUGGCUGUUCUACUCAUCAGAGUUGUUACAAGUUCAGUAAAAGUUCAAGGAGUCUUGGCUUAUGCUUGUGUUGUUCUCUUCUACUGUGGGUUGAUAUCACUCAAAGUACUUAAUAGCAUUGUGCUCUUGGGAAAGUCAUGCCAGUACGUCAAAGAAGCAAACAUGGAAGAGAAGUUGUUCAACCCGCCUCCUGCUAGCACCCCAGGCAAACCACUAGGCAAAUCACAAAGCAAGUACAAGCCCACUCAAGAUGAAAACCUGUCUGCUUCCGUGACCAGUCAGCCUGUACACCAGAAGGAAAAUGCAGCGCCGCAGCUUGUGACGAGCAACUCGGAUCAGUUCCUGACAACUCCUGAUGGAGAUGAGAAAGAUAUAAGCCAGGACAGUUCUGAGUCAAAACACACAUCUGCAAAGAAAGAUUUGUUGGAGAUAGACAGGUUUACAAUUUGUGGAAACAGAAUUGACUAAACUUUUGUAAAUAAAAUGUGCUUAGUAUACUGAGCUGUUGGGACAGCAGGCGCUGCCACGAUGGAUGGGUGCCAAACAAGGCACUUAAAAAUAUUUAUUUAAAAACUUAAAUUAUUAAUGGCAGACCUAUUACAGUGAAUAACUUGGCUUGAUAACCAAUCAAGCUUCACAUCGUUAACUUGGUUGUGUUGGAAAAUGUGAGUUUUGAGAGAUCUUCCGCUUGGCAAAGCUACAGCAUCGCUUUCCUGAAAAAUAACGUGUGAAAUAUAUUUAAAUCCAUUUUUACGAAACAGUGCUUCCAGAACGCAUCACUAUUCAUAAAGCCCCUUAAUUAGAAGGAUAACAUUGGGAACAUGUUUGCGUCUUUAACAACAAGCAUCCCUUUCUGCUUUCAUAAGCCACUACAAAACAUUUCAAAACUCUUCACCUGCCAAAAGACUUUUUCAAACUUUUAGUAGAAUACAUAAUCAAGAUAUUCUUGCUACGAGAGGAUUGUUCAAAAUGUACUUCAUCUAAUCCAAAUAAAUCACCCUUAAAGGAAAUAUUUACUGCAUAAUAUUUUUGUCUAAAUGUUAAGACUGUAGCCAGAAAUUGACCAACAACAGGGAAUAGUGGACUGUGCGAUAACUGGGCAAGAACAACUUUUUCUUCCUUUCUGUUUAAUUUGCACUGUGUUUUAAACAUGAAAAGCUUGAGUUUGUAAAUGUUAAAAGUGGACAAGCUUGGGGGAGGAAGGGCAAAAUCAACAUGUGGGAUUGCACUUGGCACUUAAAGAUGUUUCAUUUGCAACUGUGAGCCCUUGCAUUGAAAUAGACAAAAUAAGUUACUUGUACAUGGUAAUGUGUCAGUCAGCUAAGAGCAUUUCUUUGACUUUGCUGGAAAAGCUACACACGGCCAAAAAUGGAGACAGCCUCAAAUAGGUGGUUUUAGUUUUAGACUUUUAAGUAGAAUGAAUGUUGCUGUAGAAGUACUUGGGCUUUGAAGUAUUAAGCUGUGUUACUUGGGGUGCAUAGGGCUCGGGAAACAAGCAAAGAGGAAUUCAAGAAGGGUUGAAUCUGGAAUAACAGACAUUUCAGCUCAGCAUAGUGAGAAAGCCUGCUGCACUCAAAGUGCUUUCUUGCUACCUGAUGGGCAAUGUCUACAAAACACAAUGCAAUAUUUAAAACUUUUUAAAUAUGAGAUUUUUUUGUGCUGAUUAGAUCUUUGUUGGUUCAUUUAUUAGCUAUUGCAAAGUGGCCCAGAAAAGAAUGAGAAGUUAUACUAAAUUUUAAAAUUCAAAAUACAUGUUUAUUCCUCCAAAGCUGCAGAUACUGUUGCUAAAAUAAAAUCAGUGUACAGAAAUUAAAUUCAGAUGAAGAGGCUUCAAUGAAUGCUAAAAAGGUGGGAAUAUAUAGGCUGUUCUGAAGUAGCCAUUCACCAGCCCACACCCCUUUUAUCAAGCCUCUUUUCUCACUUCAGCUUGAAGAAGUGGCCAAAGUUAAGAAUACAGUGGGAGUAGGAAUUUUAAAACUAAGCUAGAAAUAUACAGAAAUGAUUGUUUCAGAUGUGUUCGUUUUGACAAAUUUUGAUCAUUAAAAUUUAAUUCAGAAUAUUUGUGAAUUUGUUGUAAUUUAAUUUUUAUUUAAUUGUUGCUCAAGGGAAGCUUGGAAUGAUUUUCCCCCCUCUUAAAUGAUAUUCUGUAUGAAUUUUAUAAGUGCAUCUUGUGUGACAAUAAAAAAUCAAUUUUGUAUCCUU